UCUUCUGGGCUUUCAAGAGGAAGAACUGGUGGACUGCAUAGACAUUGACAACAAUUUGUGUGACGAGAGUGGGACCUGCAACAGGAAAGUCUUCGCUUUGGAUAUAUACGUUAAAUCUUCACCAGUUGCUAGAGGGCAGAAAAUUACCAGACAUGUCCAUAGCCCUCAAGCAAGUUUUUAAUAAGGACAAGACCUUCCGUCCCAAACGCAAAUUUGAACCUGGGACCCAGAGGUUUGAGCUCCAUAAACGAGCACAGGCGUCGCUGAACUCAGGAGUGGACCUGAAAGCAGCUGUGCAGCUGCCCAACGGAGAAGACCUAAAUGAUUGGGUGGCAGUUCACGUGGUUGACUUUUUCAACAGGAUCAACCUGAUCUAUGGAACUAUCUGUGAGUUCUGCACAGAGAGGACCUGCCCGGUGAUGUCUGGGGGCCCUAAGUAUGAGUACCGGUGGCAGGAUGACUUGAAGUACAAGAAGCCCACUGCACUGCCAGCACCCCAGUAUAUGAACCUUCUCAUGGACUGGAUCGAGGUGCAAAUCAACAAUGAGGACAUAUUCCCUACUAGUGUGGGUGUUCCCUUUCCAAAGAACUUCCUUCAGAUCUGCAAGAAGAUCCUGUGCAGGCUGUUCCGGGUAUUCGUUCACGUCUACAUUCAUCACUUCGACCGCAUCAUCAUCAUGGGAGCUGAGGCCCACGUCAAUACCUGUUACAAGCACUUUUAUUACUUUGUAACAGAGCUCAACCUGAUAGACCGCAAGGAGCUAGAGCCUUUGAAAGAGAUGACAACCAGGAUGUGUCACUAAAGAGCCACCUGUCGAACAGAAGAGAAAUCCAGUUUCCUCCUUAUUGCAAAGCUAGAGGUCAUGAGAGACCUCCUGGGCUGAACCUGCCUGUUAAUUCCCAGGGGUGGGAAAGUCAAGGACAGAAGGUUAUGUUCACAGAUGCUUCUCAACAUUAUGUGUGCUCUUAACCCUGAAGAUGCUGCUAGGAGCCUCCUCUGAAUGAUGUGGAUUACCAAGUGAGAGAAAAUUGUCUUGGAAUUUUUUUCUGGUUCCUGAAUUAUUGAGGAGGAAUUCUUCAGUCACAAUGACAUUCCAUGUUCCUGCUGUUCAGGCUUUACUGGAACUCAGGUUUUUAGGUUGGCCUGCGUAUUUGUAAUUUUGAAAUGAACCUGUAUCGUUAGUUGAAAAGAUUUUGUAUACUUUGAUUUUGUGUAUUUUGUUUUCCAAGUUCAGCACAAUAUUAAGAAUUCUGGAACUUCAGCAAGAUUUUCAGAUGGAGCCUUCCGUAUCUGCAUAGGACUUUAGAUGCCACCUAAGGUUUGUGGGUAAAUAUUCCAAAAUGCCACUGAGCCUCAGCGUCCAUAGGAACACAGCUGAUUUCCUCAGCAGAUCUGGCAGUGUGUACAUUGCUUGUUGUCUUGGUUCAACUCUCAGUCAGGUGACGAUGGGCCAGAUUCUGAUCUCAGCUACAUCAGUGUAAACCCAGAGUAAUGUCAGUGAUUUCAGUGGCGUCGCCCUGGGUCUUACACCAGUGUGACUGACUGCACAGUCUGCCCCGGAAUAUGUACAAAGAAGGGUGGUGGUAAUUAGAGUUGAAUGAAAUGCCCUAUGUACUGGUGACCACAGAGGUUUGGUGCUUGCAUGUAAUUUUAGCUCUGUCCUAUUUCUUUUUCUUCUCCACCUUGUUCUUUCCAAGGUGAGGAUAUUCCGUUUGCGGGGGAAAGGGGUUGUAAAUUAACGAAGACUGUUAGGGAGAAGGUGAGGUCAAAACCAUAAUGCAUGACUGCAUUGUCUGUAAAUAGUGUCUAGUAAGACGGGCUGUCUUCCACACUACAAAGAUAUAGUCAAGUUCCCAGUAUACAGUCUAAUUUAAAUCAGUGAUCUCAACAUCUGGCCUAAGGUAUUCAUCGUAAACUCAUUAACUUCUGUACAGUGUGCCUGGUGCCAGGGUGAUGAGCCCAUUGGAAAUAUUUGUAAUAGUAUUUACUGAGAGAAGGUCUCUAGAAACACAUUUUAACAAGUGGAAAAUAUACAGAAUAGUCCCAUAUAUUCUGUGCCUUCUGAGGAAUUUAGCAUGGACCUUUUGUUCAAUAAUGAAGAUGAUUCUUUCAGAUCAUGUGCUGAUUCCUGCUGCCCCUAAGCAUCUAUUUCUACCAAAGUGAUUUUAACAGUCUCUGCUUCUUCUGAGGUAGUAUUGGAAGCAAACUUCAUAGAGUAUCCAGUGAUGGAGUACUAGUGAUGAUAUAUGAUAGACUGAAACGUAGCAGACACUAAAGAAUAACAACAAACAUCUGAGCUCAUAUUGUUGCACAUAAUGAUAAUGUCUUAUUCCCCUGCUUGAUUUAAUAGGCUCUGCAGCAGAGGUGCAGAAGUCAAUGAUCCUAUGCAGGGACAAAGGGUUUGAUCUAUGACAAUUCAGUGUUGCUACGUUGGAAGGUUUUCCAUAUCUUUAGAAUUAUGCAAAUAGCGUUAACCCUUGCCUUCAAGAAACGUUCAACUUUCAGUUUGUUACAUUGAACUAAAGUACUCCUUCCUCUUUCACUGCUCUUUUGCAAUCAAGCUACCUCUUGAAUGCACUACAGGGACUAUGUUACACGUGAUCUUCUUGACAUUCAUUUGGCUGGUGCUUACUCACAGCAUAACUGUGGAACUCAUUGCCACAAGAUAUGACUUAGGCCAAGAGCUUAGGAGGAUUGUUUAAUAAAAUAGUUAUAUGUUUAGAGAGAAUAUUAAUAAUUAUCCAUCACAUGAUUUCUUGUACCUUCCUCUGAGGCAUCUAAUUCUAGCCACUGUCAGAGACAGAACUACUGGUCUGGUGUGGCAUAUCCUGUAUUGUUAAUUUCUAGCAUUUCGAAGGGUUAAGACAAAUGACGGUUCCCUACCAAUAUUCCACAGCUUUGCCAUAUGCAAUGAAAGUUUAUAUAAAGAAGAUGUGAAUCUGUGGAAUCUUUAGGUAAAAAAUCAAACCGUGACUAGAUAAUAUUGAAAAGCCUAAUAUUUAAUCUACAAAGUCAUUUUUAUUCUACCUUUCACUAAAGCCACUUACUAUAUACUGUCUGGGUCUAAUUAACAUAGUGCAAUUCUAAAAUGUGCAGGACUUUGUUCCCUGUUGUUUUGAUUAACUUUUUUUGUGAUUGUGAUAAUGUCACUGAAUUUGAAAAACUGUUUUUUAAUUUUGUUUUGUCUUGUUUUUAAAUUAGGUCCCAGUUCAGUUUAAUAACUAUUGUGCUCUCCCUAAUGGCUGUUAUAGAUUCUGCAGCAGAGAGAGACCCUAGAGACAUCAUGGCUGUCUCAGCCAGAAUUCCUAUUGGGUGGCACUAGGAGAGUCCAUUGCAAAACAGGAGCAGCACCAGCCAUUGAAAGAUGUAGUGCGUGCUUGCCACCUACACAAGCCCAUGUAGAAAAGGGAUGCAGACAUAGACCCACACUUGGCCCAUUCUGUUUGGGCACAGUUCUGCUGCUGCUAAUACUAUCCUUAAUCUUAUCCUUGUGCUGAGGGAACACCAGGACCGGAUCGUGCCUGACCCCUGUACAGGGAUACAAGAGGUAAGGAACGGCUCUUUCAGUUCCCUUCUCUUUGUUCUCAUGCGCAAGGUUAAGCACAUUUUGGCCCAAAGCGCAGUUAUGAAAUGGUCAUCUCACAGCAGCCCAAGUAAGUUUGUUAUUACAAAAAAUCCAUUCAAAUCUUCAUCUCUAAAGCUAACAAUGCUAGGAAAUAAUGAAAUGUAUGUUACUGCACAACCAUUUUGGAUGUACACCUCUACCCCGAUAUAACGCUGUCCUCGGGAGCCGAAAACUCUUACCGCAUUAUAGGUGAAAUUGUUAUAUUGAACUUCCUUUGAUCCGCCAGAGUGCUCAGCCCUUCCCCUUGCCCCCCAGAGCACUGCUUUAACCACAUUAUAUCCAAAUUUGUGUUACAUCAGGUCACGUUAUAUCAGGGUAGAGGUGUACCUGUCAUUUCUGAGGUUUGACUUGGCGGAUUACUUCCCAGCAAAAGUCCUUUAUAUCUUUCUGCAGAUAGUAUAAGUGUUUAAUUCAGCACUAGCCUGGGUGCCUCAAACAAUGUGGCAUGGCUCAUUUUCCUCCCUCCCCAUCUCUGUUGUGAUGUUUAACAGCCCAACAGUAGCAAAGGGUGGAGUGUGGAGUAUUGUCAGACUCACGAGUUUUAAAUUAAUCCCUGCAUUAGAGAGCAGAGUCAGGGUGCUGUAAACAUUAGUCCAGGGGAUUCUAAUUUCACCCUUGAUAAUCUACCUAGUGUCAGAGAUAAAUAUAAUCUUAUUUCAGUUGUUAAUCACAGGCCCUGUUUUACACAGACUCAUCGGCAUACUUAACAAGAGAGUAGCUAAAACUUCAGUGGAUGUAAAUCUAACUAAUCCACUUAACCUAAGAGGGGAAGUCCACCCACUAGACUUCACUGAUCGGCAGAAUUCUUAACGGUCUUCUGGGCUCAACUUCAAAUAUGUGUGCUUCUGUUCUUUUGCCAUUAACUCCCUAAAUACUUGAACCAGGUUUUAGCUGUUGUGUCUUCUGUUUCUUGCCUUCUAAAAAAGGAUCAACCUUUAUUCCAGUGUUUACCUUAUCUUAAUGCUAAAGAUAACAGACAGUUUCAGGGGAAUCCAACAAGAGAAACCUGCUUUUGUUGGUCAAGCGUAUUGCUAGCUUUAUGCCAGGAUUUGGGAUGCUGCUGUGUUACCAAAACACCCCAAAACACACAGUGAUGAGGAAUUUUGGGAAGGCCUUUUCUUUUAGGUGUAAUACAUGCACUACUUUUUUGACACAUAUAAUGACAAUGGGGCCAAAUGCUAAGGGUCCUCCCUUGGUUCUUACUCCGGGAAAAGUCCUGUUGACCUUCAGUGAGAGUUUUGCCUUAGUGACAGCUAAGAGCCAAAUCAUGUGCUCCCAUGGGAAGGCUAAGAAACUGCAUAUGGGAAACUGAGUUUCCUUCCAAGUUAUCCCACGGUAGGCAGGAAGCCUUGCACGAUGUGGGACGUGCGGCUAUCCUGACCCGGGGAUACCUUAAUAUCUGUGGGGUAAGCCCAUGGGGAUUUACAAAGAGCUUGUACAUUCAUGCAAAGGCUCAGUGCCCACAUAUUGUCAUGAUUCUCCUAUAUGAGGAAAUUCCUCUGGGUUUGGAGGAUGCUGCUGCCAUGGAUUUCUUCCCCAGCUCCACCGAGCUAUGUCUCCCCAAACCAAACAGCCUCCAUUCCUGCCGUUUGACAACAUUUAGCUCCAAGAGCUUGGUUUUUGUUCCUUUCGUUCGCUCAAUAAACGAAAAGAAGGUGAAGGCUGUGAGUAAGAACUACAGAGUUGGAUCAAAUGUGUAUAACAUAGGAAUACGUCUGCUGCCACAUACAGUGCUUUAGGAAUGGGAUUAUGGAGCAGGUAUCACACAGCACUAGCAAGCUGUCAGUAAUGGGGCAGUGCAUAUAUCAGAAGGAAGAAUGAGAUUUUCCUACUGGUUCCAAAGGCAAAAUAAACCAAGAUUGGCCUCUGAAUCACUAAUGAUACCUUGUAGUUUUAUUAAUGUAAAUUUAGUGUGAUUCAAUUUAUCUUUGUUUCUUAAUGAGAGAGAGAAAGAGAGAGGCAGGCAAUGGUAUUUGGAAGUUAGCCAAACAAAGUUAGAGCUUUGAAAUGGGGAGAUUGUUUGUUUCUUUUCUGUGUAACAGAUUUUCCUGUUUUUAAAUGGAUAUAUUAUAAUAAAGUUUUAUAACAGAAUAUUCUCCCUGGAAAGAAAUACAUUUGUUAUCUGAGCUUGUGUGUGUGCCUGUGUGUGCAUUUGUGGUUCAACCACACACACACAGGGUACGUUUAGACUACCCACCGUAUCGGCGGGUAGCGAUCAAUUUCUCGGGGAUCGAUAUAUCGCGUCUCAUCUAGACGUGAUAUAUCGAUCCCCGAACGCACUCCUGUCGACUCCGGAACUCCACCAGCGCGAACGGCGGUAGCGGAAUCGACAGGAGGAGCCGCGGACGUCGAUCCCGCGCCAUGAAGACGAGAGGUAAAUCGAUCUAAGAUACUUCGACUUCAGCUACACUGUUCAUGUAGCUGAAGUUGCGUAUCUUAGAUCAAUUCCCCCUCCCCCGCCCCCGGCAUAGACCAACCCACACACACUAAAUAGAUACAGAGAAUUUUUUGUUUCAUAAUUUUUAGGGGAAAUGCUUUUUUCUAACAAAUGAUUUGAAUAUACUUUUCCUUUUUUCCUUCCAUGCACCAGUGCUGUUCAACAUGUUAAUUUUUUUAGCAAUGUCCAAGAAAUUUUUAGACUAUUUUAGUUCUGUUUGUGAUUAAAUGAAGGGUUCAGCUGUAUGAAAAGCGAGACCGACACUAACUGUUAAAGUCAUAUAACAAAAAACAGGAUAAAAUGGAAGACUACUUGUCAAAUCAAUCCUAGUUUGUGAACCUGAGGAAUUCAAACAUCACAAAUAAAAGAUAUGUAACCCUG